UAUAAACGUGACGUUUAAAACGUCAUAAUUUUGACAGUUAAUAUAAUUAAAUUUAACCGACGAACGACCAAAAUAAAAGUAAUCAUUGUCAAUCACUAAAAAUACACAGCGAUUUAUUACGCUUAGGCAACAGGCAAAGUGCAAUAGAAGUUUAUUUCGAAACAAAUAGCCUAUUAAUAGUUAUUUUAAGAUAUAUUUUAUAGUCACUGACACACUAUACUGUGGUAUAAUGCACAAAGAUUAAAACUAAACGCAGGCUAAAAUCAUUAUGGAAGACGAAAUUGACGAUAAAAUAAUCUAUCAAACAUAUGUGUCCCAUAUGAAAAUCAUGUCGAAAAUAGCAUGGGGUGUCCCACUCAAAUUGUCCAACAUCACCAUCACAUCCCAGAUAUGGAGGUUUUUAAAGUUUUACCUGCUAAAGCCAGAGUUUAUUAUUUUCGGGGCUGUGGUGCUGUUUAUUUUGAUGUAUAUGCAAGCAGUUGAUGUAUGGAGUCGUAAUUUAAUAGGGAGGUUGCAGUAUACCAUGAACCGGGGAUCCAGAUCCAAGGUGGACAAGCUGAACAACUUCUUUACAACAGGAGAUGCAGAAAGGGCCAGCUGGGAGCUAAAGUUAGGACCCGUUGCCGCGUACGCCAUACAAGGAAGAAGACCGAAAAUGGAGGACCGAUUCGUUAUAAACGAUAACAUAAACAACACAGGUGUGGCAUUGUUCGCCGUUUUUGAUGGACAUGGAGGCGAAUUUGCAGCCAACUACGCGAAAGAAAAAUUAGUGCCAAACUUACUGAACAAAGUCAUGCAAAUAAAGGAUCUGGUGUCUGGCAGUAAGGAUUCAGCAGGGUUUGUAAAGAAAUGCACUAAUGAUGAUUCAGAGGAAGAAAAGAAAGAUAUGGAGAAGCCUUCCACACCUUCAUUGGCUGAAAGACGAAAGAGCUUCAAGAAAACCUGCUCAACCACUGAUGAGUGUAUCAAAGGGGCCAAAGAAAUCACCGAUACGGAAUUACUGAGUAAGUUAGAAAACAUCACACCAAUAAGGAAAGACUCCAGACCGCUAAAAACAACACCAAGUCGUAAGGACAUCCCUGUGUCAACAUACUUCGAUAAAUUCGGGAACGUAAACUACGGUAAGCUUCUCACGGAUGAGGUUUUGGCCGCAGACGAAAAAUUAUUGCAGGUGGCCAAAAAAACGAUGGACGUGGCCGGUACAACAGCCUUAAUAGCGAUUCUAGAGGGGUCGAAGUUGAUUGUGGCCAACGUGGGGGACUCCAGGGGCGUGAUGUGUGACGGUAGAGGCAACGUUAUACCUUUAUCUUUCGACCACAAGCCCCAACAAAUGCGCGAACGUAAGAGAAUCAAGGAUGCCGGCGGUUUCGUCACUUUCAACGGCGUAUGGAGGGUUGCCGGUAUUUUGGCCACUUCCAGGGCUUUGGGGGAUUACCCGUUGAAAGACAAAAAGUUGGUUAUAGCGGAUCCCGAUAUUCUCUCCUUCAACUUGAACGAUCAUAAACCGUCGUUCCUCAUUUUGGCUUCGGAUGGUUUGUGGGAUACUUUCUCGAACGAAGAGGCGAUUAAUUUUAUUAAGGAGCGCCUUAACGAGCCCGACUAUGGUGCUAAAAGCAUCACUCUGCAAUCCUAUUACAGAGGCUCUCUGGAUAAUAUAACCGUAAUUAUUAUUAAUUUUAAGGAUCACAACUAUAGUUUCUACAAGAGCGAAAAUAACGUGUGAUUUUACCAAAUUUAAUUAUUUGCCAAAGAUGAUGUAUUUAUCGCUAUUUUUAUAAAACGAUUGAUUUGCUCAAGUUGUUGCGCGAGGUUUUGUUGUGUUAAACCCAAGUUGACCAUAAGUUUAAAAAGUGUGCUAAAAAAAUAAAAUUUGUUGAAUUUUAGUUUAGAAAAUGUAAAAAAAUGUCAUGGUCAUGAUUUUGUGCCAGUAUGUGAUUGAAGGAUAUAAGGCUGUAUACCUUAUAAGGUUUGUUAUUUGC